AUGUCGCACAUUGAGACGAUUUCCUCCUUUGUCAAGGGAGCUCCCCCGGGCGAGCUCGCAGAUGUUGUUGCCGACAUCAAGGCCCUGACGGCCUCCGAGCCCAACGUCGUCGAGGAGCUGGCCCCGGCGUUUGAAAAGUACAACGAGGAGCAGUUCAUCACGCUCAAGCUGCCGGGAAGCAGCCAGCCGGUUUUGAUUAGUCCACACAACUCGCUGGGCGGCGGACGGUACUAUGAUGUCGAAAGCUCCUCGAGCUUCGAGGUCGACCAUCUUUCUCAGAAAGCGAGUGCGGUGCAGAGCUACGUCCUGGAGGGAGCACAGACGGACCUGGUUAAAUCAACACUGAAGAGCCUUGGGACCUACGUCAAGGAACACUUCCCCAACGCCGCCCUCGGCGCGUACCCCAUCGAGAAAGACUCAAAGGUUGCCAUUGUCAUUGUCGCGAACAAGUACAGCCCCAACAACUUCUGGAACGGCCGAUGGAGAUCAGUGUACACCUUCGACCCCAGCUCCGGAGACCUCGAGGGCCAGAUCAUGGUCGACGUACACUACUACGAGGACGGCAACGUGCGACUGCUCACCAACAAGGCCGUCUCCGCAUCCAUCCCCUCAGGCACCGGCGCCGGGAUCGUCAAGGAGAUUGCGUCGACGGAGAAGAAGUACCAGGAGGACCUCAACAAGAGCUUCGUCAGCCUGAGCGAGGGCGCCUUCAAGGGCCUGCGGCGACAGCUGCCGGUGACGAGGCAGAAGAUUGAGUGGGAACGAGUGACGGGCUACCGUCUGGGACAGGACAUUGGCGGCGGCAGCUCGAAGCGAUGA